AUGUCGCGGGUCAAGUUCAACGUGAACACUGAAUAUGCUUACCUCCAGAACUUCAAGGUUCUUCAGAAUGUCUUCGCCCGCCACCAGGUCAACAAACCCAUCCCUGUUCAGUCCCUCACCAAGUGUCGCAUGCAGGACAACCUUGAGUUCCUUCAAUGGGUUAAGAAAUACUGGGACCAGCACUAUCCCGGUGGUGAAUACGACUCCGUCGGCCGGCGCAAGGCCUCCGGCGCUCCUGGUUCCGUUGGUGGAGCCCCUGCUUCGCGCGCUCCGUCUGCUGGCAGCGCACGCCGUGGAGUGACCCCGACAACCGGCGGCGUCCGUCCCCGAGUUGCCACUGCGGCCAGUGGAGCGGCCACCGCUGCCCUUCAACAGGAGAUCUCGACACAGAAGGAAGCGAUCGCAGGACUGGAGAAGGAACGCGACUUCUACUUUGCCAAGCUGCGUGAUAUUGAGCUGCUGCUCCAGAGUGCCAUUGAAGCCGACCCCGAGCUUGAAAAAGAGGAGGACACGCUUGUUAAGCACAUCCAGGGCAUUCUAUACUCGACCGAGGACGGCUUCGAGAUCCCCGCCGAAGGAGAGGAAGUUGCAGCCGACGAGCUCGAGACUUUCUAA